AUGGAAAUAGGUUUGUUUGAAUACACAAGUAAAAUUAUAUGGCCAGAGUAUGAUUAUUUGAAAAUAUUGAUUGAAUUUUCAGCCAUAUACAUACUGUACUCUGUCUACAAGGCAAGUGUUUGCAAGUAUGUGAAUUCUAGAGCAUAUACCAAAAUUACUAGAAUUGAAAAGACCAACAAUGAAGAAGAAGUCAAAAAACAAAAAUAAAAGACAUAAGAAAAAUAGGAUAAAUAGGAGAAAAACCAAAAAUAAGGAAAGCGAAAGAAUUCUGAAAAAGAAUAAUAAUAAUAGUCUAAAGAUGGCUAAAAACAAUAAAUCAAAUAGGAGAGCUAACAGUAAAAAUAAGAGAAUCAUUCUCAUAUAUCAUAUAAGGAAUUGCUCAAAUAGGAGAAGCAUAAUAAGUCCUUAUAAAAUAAGGAAAAAUAGAAAUCUUCAAGCAAAAUUACUCAUCCACUGUAUUUAUCUUCAGUAAAAGGAUUCUCUGAUUACAUAACCGAUUUUGCAUACAAUAACAGAUAUUUGAUAGCAACGGGAUUUGAUAAUAGCAUCAAAUUAUUUGAGAUGGAACAAUUUUUCAAGAAUCCAGAGUAACCCAAAUAUUUAUUCCAUACUUUGAAUGACACACAUGCAACAGCAAUCUGUAUAUCUAAAAAAGAGGAAAUUGCUUAUUUCUCAGCAAACAACCAAUUAUUCAAUCUAGAAUUCUACCCAAAAGCAGAGGAUAAAUAAUAUUUCAAGGUAAUUCCUAAAACUAAAAAUUGCCAUAAAAGUGAUAUUAAUAGUUUACAUGUUGAUGAAAAUGAUAAAAUUCUCAUUUCUACAAGUUCAGAUACUCACAUCAAGGUAUGGAAUAUGAAGGGAGAAUUGUUGAAGGAAAUAAAUACAUCAUAUGGUGAACAUUAUAGUUCUUGUUUUAUGAAGGGAUUUUUGGUAGUGAGUUCUUGGAGUGUGGACACAAGUAUCUAUGAGAUUAAGUUCAAUAAGGAUCACACAUUUAGGACUCUGGAAAAAGAAGAAGUCUUGAGAGGUGAGAAGACUAGUGUAUUGGAUGCAAGUCUUAAUGAACAUGGAACUUUGGCUACUUUGUGUAAUAAGUCAUAGUGCAGAGUGUAUAGAUUGAACACUGAGAGAAAGCUUAAAGAGGAUGCUAAGUUAUUAACUAAGGUUGAACUUCAAAAUAUCAGUGCAGCUGCAGUAAAUGAAAACAUUCUGGUAGUAGCUGCUGAUCGAAACGUACAUGUUUAUAACCGAAAUGCUACGAUUUUAUUGUAGUUCUAAUAAAUUGAUCAAAUCGAUAAUGCUGCCAAUGGUGCUUAUAUCAAGAGAGUGAGAAUUCAUGAGUUGCACUCAAGUCUCAAGAAUAAGAAUUUCUACGUUUGCUUUGUUUGGGGACAAGAGGAGGAAAGAAUCACUGUCUAUGAUUUUACCAAGUAUCAUGAAUGAUCAAUAUAUUAAUAUAAAUACAAAAGCAGAAACUAUUAUU